UCAGCUCGAUCAUCGUCUCCUCAAGGCCCAAGCUAGCUAGCUCCACUAUGCAGACCACCGAGCGCAUGGCGCUCACCAGUCACCUCCUGGCCGUCCUCCUCGGCAUCGCAGUGCCGCUGCUCUUCUCCCCCCGUGCAGAGGGUGGCGAGGUAGGCGUGUGCUAUGGGAGGAUGGCGGGUAACCUGCCUGACCCGACGUCUGUGGUUCAACUUAUCAAGAGAAACGGCAUCACGAUGGUGAGGAUCUACGACACCAACCCAACGGUGCUGGCCGCCCUGGCCAACACCGACAUCAAGGUGACGGUGGAGCUGACCAACGAGGAGCUGCCGCUGGUGGCGGCGGACGAAAAUGACUUCGCGUUCCGGUGGGUGCAGAGCAACGUGAAGGCCUACUAUCCGGCCACGCUGAUCAAUGGCGUGACGAUCGGGAACGAGGUCUUCAAAGAGGCUCCUCAGCUUAACUCUCAGCUAGUCCCGGCCAUGAAGAAAGUGCAUGCGGCGUUGGAUCGCCUGGGCCUGGCGGACGCCGUGAAGGUGACCACGCCCAUCGCAUUCGACGCGCUCAUGACGUCCUUCCCUCCCUCCAAGGGCGCGUUCCGGGACGACAUCGCGCUGUCGGUGAUGAGCCCCAUGGUCGACUUCCUGAAACAGACCAGGUCGUACCUCAUGGUGAAUAUAUACCCGUACCUCGCGUACCUGAGUACCCCGGACAUGUCUAUCGACUAUCUCUUGUUCCGCCCCAAUGCCGGCGUGCAUGACCGGAAUAGCGGGCAAACGUACUACAGCCUCUUGGACGCCCAGCUUGACGCCGUGUACUAUGCCAUGGAUAAGCUGCCGUCCUCCAGCCUGCGGGGGAUGAGGAAGCUCACAUCACUCGAUGAAGAUGUGCUGGUGACCUGUGGUGAGAUUCACCACCCAAGCAAAGGCCACCGUGGCGUGGGAACCCUAGCCAACGCCCAAGCCUUCACCGAUGGACUCUUGAGCAAAGUGCUUGGCGGCGGUAACUCGGACCCGCUCGCCACGAGUGCUGUCGGCACCCCGCACCGUCCCAACGCUGAUCUCAGCGUCUACAUCUUCGAACUAUUCAACGAGAACAACAAGCCUGAAGACGAGCAGGACUUCGGCUUGUUCUACCCCAACGAGCAGCCCGUGUACCCGGUCGACUUCGUCCAUGGCGGCGCCGGCACCGGUGAAAGCUACUGCGUGGCCAAGGCCACGGCCGGGGACGCAGCCUUGCAGGCUGCGCUGGACUACGCGUGCGGCCAUGGGGCGGACUGCGGCGCCAUCCAGCCAGGGAAGCCCUGUUACGAGCCCAACACCAAGCUCGCGCACGCGUCCUACGCCUUCAACGACUACUACCAGAAGAACGGCCGGGCCAGCAGCGCCUGCGACUUCGGCGGUGCCGGCACCAUUGUCAACCAGGCACCAUCAGGCCGCUGCGACGCGAGCUCGAGCUGGUGCGUGGCGAACUCGGCGGUGGGUGCCGAGCGGCUGCAGAGGGCGCUGGACUACGCAUGUGGCCACGGCGCGGACUGCACGGACAUCCAACCUGGAGCACGGUGCUUCAAUCCUGACACCAAGGUCGCGCAUGCGUCCUUCGCGUUCAACGACUAUUACCAGCGCCAUGGUCGGGCCGCCGGAACGUGCGAUUUCGCCGGUGCCGGUACCAUUGUCCGGCAGGCACCAAAGAUAGGCAACUGCGUGCUGCCGUCAAGGGCCUGAAAUGAAGAAACUGUAGCCAAGGGGAAGCUAGCUUUAGUACCACGAGACUACAGAUUAUCCUCUGCUGCCAGCAAAGUCUAGUUUUCAAAUGUAAAGCUAGAUAAAUAAAUCCAUGGUUUUCAUCACGUGCUUA